GACCCUGACGCGGAAAUCCCGGACUUCCCCAGUCGGGAGAGGAUUUGUCGUGCAGCGGCCAGGUCUGGCGGCACCGGGUCAGACUGCCUGGGUCCGGGGCCAGCGCCGACCCUCCCAGCUGCGUGGCCUGGGGAAGAUCUGUGCCUCCGUCUCCUCGGCUGGGAGAACGGGAAGAGGAAGUCAUGCCACAGACGAGCGUGUAAGUGCCAGACACUGUUCCCCAGGAGCCUCUGCGGCGUGGCGCACUCCAGGCAGCAGGCCAGGGUCCCCGAGGGCGGCGAGGACCAAGAGCGCAGCGCGGGGCCGCGGGAGCCACAGGGUUGCGCCCCUGGGAAGGCCCGCACCCUGCGCCGGAUCCCGCCUCUGCGCGGCCGCCCAGUCCGCCGCAAUGGUGCGCCUUAGGGGGACCUCGGAGCCUCCCCACAGAGCGGAAAAAAGCGCUGACCAGUCCGUGCGCCCCCAGCCGCGGCCGGCGAUGUGACUCGCCCCGCGCGCAGGGCGCGCAGACCCCGAGCCGGGGCGACUCGGGGCUCGCUUGGGUCCGGCUCCGAGCGGCACCAUGAACGACGACUUCUGCCGGGCGCUGGCGGCUCGCCGGCCCGCGGCGGCCCACGGGUGCCUACCGCUGGGCAUCGGGCCCCCUCCGCGGCCGGCGCCCCCGGCCGGCGCCGAGCCCCUGGGCGCUGUGCCCUUCCUGCUCUACCCGGGCGCAGCUGGGCCGCCCUACUGCGACGCCUACGCGGCCGCCUUCCCGGGCGCGCCCUUCCCCGGCGCCCUGGGCGCCUGCGACUACCCCUUCGAGCCCGCCUUCAUCCAGAAGCGCAACGAGCGCGAGCGCCAGCGCGUCCGCUGCGUCAACGAGGGCUACGCGCGCCUCCGCGGCCACCUGCCCGGCGCCCUGGCCGAGAAGCGGCUCAGCAAGGUGGAGACCCUGCGCGCCGCCAUCCGCUACAUCAAGCACCUGCAGGAGCUGCUGAGCGCCGCCCCCGACGGCGCCGCGCCCCGCGAGCCCCGGGCGGCGCCCUCCCUGGCGCCCGACUCGGCCGAGCCCUCCUGCGGCUCCUCCUCGCCCUUCUUCGAGUCGGAAGAGUGCAGCCACUGAGCAGGCUGGGGCCGCCCGGGCUCGGGGGGCGCCGGGUCCCGGGGUCCCCGCCGUCCGGCGCUCCGGGGUCCGCCGCAUCCUCCCUGCGCCAGCGCCACCCCGGCCCCAGCCCUGACAGCCGGCGGACAAGGGGCGCGAGAGAGGCCACCCCGGGGUCGGGCUCCCGCUCGGCCCGGCCCCGCGCGGGAACAUGUCUAAAAGCCCAGGUUGCGGUGUGUACCCAGCCAUGGCUGCCCUGAUCCGUACCCCCGGGCCACGGGCGCUGCCCAGAAGGCGAGCCUGCUUUGAUGGGCGGGCCUCGCCUGGACUCUCCAGGAGACGGCCUCAGACACCAGCGUCUCUUUGGGAACUUGCCAGCCCGCCUCCCAGGGACACCUAGAGGGUGAGCUGCAGGCCAGGCAGCUUGCACUCAGCCCGGGGGAGAGGGAGGUAGAGCGUGUGGUCCAUGCUGUCCUCUGACUUCCUUAGUGGAGGACUCCCAGCCCCCAGCCCCCAGUGUGGCCUUUUCCUUUUUUCCCAGGUCGGGAGAGGACUGCGUUUUCCCCUCAUGCUGUCCUCUGUGGGCAUGCAGACCACGUGUGUGUGUCGCA